AGCAGAAAGUAACCCUUUCCAAUAGUUUAAACAUGUCAAAAAGAGUUUGGAGACAGGCUGUAGCUGAAUAUUUAAAUCGAAGGAGCUUGCGGCAGGACCUUUUCGAGUGCGGGAGCAGGCAGCUUAGGUCCUGCAAACGGCAGCAGUCGCAGCACUCAGAGCUGAAGCGUCCUUUCCAGCUGAUUACGUUGCCCUGGCAACCAGCAGGAAGUACAACAAACGUUGCAGCCACUUGCCACUGAACUGAAGUGCAGUGCCUAGAGAGUGCUUGGUGAAAAUCCAAUCGAAAUGGCGUACUCGGUGACGCCGCAUCGGGCCAACCUGGUGCUGCAAAUGCUGCUGCAGGCCAACACGUAUGUGUCCAUGGUGUGGGCCAUGAGCUACAUGAUCCACAUGCUCAUACGCCUGCAUCAUUUGUGGAACCUGGAGGGCCUGUCCAUGCUGGUGGCCUACGUUUUGGCGGUGUCCGCUGAAUCCGUACGCCUAUACGCCGGCUACUCGGUGAACCUGUGCUCUGGCGCCACCGCCAUGUGGAUGCUGCUCACCGUGACACCAUGCAUCCUGCUGCCCGCCAUGGUCUUUCUUCGCCUCUCAGCUGCCGGACGCAGUUUGUGGCUACGCAUCAUCACGAACGCCGUGUUCGCGCUAAUAGUUCUCGAGGUGAUCGUGUCUCUGGUGCACUUUGUUAUCUGCAAGCCAGGCUGUAAGCUGCCGCUGCCGCUAGAAGGGAACGAGCAGCUGCCGGAGGAGGAUGAGGAGGAGCAGCAGCAAUCCGCCAGUGUGGGCACACCCACGACCAAUGAGCAAAAGCGACGCGUGCGACGCUACCCGGAAUCGUAGUGAUGAGCUGUGCAGCAGGUGGUUUAUAAGUAAGGCUCUGCGUUUUACUUGGACAUGGGCAUAAAUAAUAAAGUAGGAUAAGCUAUUUAAGCUAAGCUAGGCUAGGCUAGGCUAAGGAACGAUCACACCUUUCGUGCAUCGUCCAAGUUGUGCGCCUUCAGCAGGGCGUCGAUCGAGUCCAGAUGGGCGCGCAUACGCGGCAGGAAGCUGGUCAGCACCUCGAUGUUCUCCGCCUGGGCGACACCCUGGCCCAGCAGUUGGCUGCGCGUGGGCACCCAACUGUAGAUGAUCUGCAAGCGAGGGAAUGAGCGCCCAAUUAGCGAAGGAAGUGAGAGAUACCCGCCCGAUGCACCCACCUUGAUUGUGCUCUGGACGAUGAAGCCGUGGUAGGGCUUCAAUGUGCGUUCGUACGCGUCCUGCAGAUGCUGCUUAAGUGCCUCCUUGGCCUGGGCAUCGUUGUAGAUGUUCUCGAAGAAGGUGCAUAUGAGCUGCAGGCCGCGCUUCAGCCAGAGCAGCGCGUUGGCCGCAAAGUCGUCCACGUUCACGUUCAGCACGAUCAGAUCCUCCAGAUACUGGUACUUGACCACAUCCGCUCCGUAGGCUUUCGUCAGUUUCUGAAACGGCAAUAAACGGCAAUGAAAACGAAUGU